AUGGCUCUAUCAUCCACCUCUAGGUCUGGCCUCCGAACCACAACCCCACCACCGGCCGAUCGAAUCCCAAACUGGCUAGCACUCCCGCCGGACGUGACGACAGCAAUUCUCCACAAGGUUGGUGCGGCAGACACACUGAUGAGUGCACAGAAAGUCUGCACUACCUGGCGGAGAACAUGCAAAGAGCCCUCCAUGUGGCGAGUCAUCGACACCAAUACUUGGAGGGAUUUAUUUUCUGCUCCCGGCGGUGCUCUUGUGAAGAGAUGUAAGCUCGCCGUUGAUAUGAGCCAAGGCCUUUUGGUUGACAUCUGCAUCCACUCUUUAGCCACUGAUGAUUUGCUUCUCUACAUUGCCCACCGGUCAAGUCAGCUCAGGCAUCUUCGACUUGUAUAUUGCGAUGCUGUAUCAAGUGAAGGUGUUAGUCAAGCAGUUAAAAAACUGCCGUUAUUGGAGGAGCUUCAUCUAUACUACACCCCAAUCGCCAAAGAAGCUAUUGAAGUUGUUGGACGUUGCUGCCCUCUGCUGAAGUCAUUCAAAUUAAACAGAUGA